ACAUAUAAAGCUCCCUGGGAGCAGCUCUCUGGAGCUGUCCUGGAUCUGCUCUCAGCAUGAAGAAGCUCCUGGUGGGAUUCCUGCUGGGCCUGGCAUUCGUGGAGUUGGCCCGGUCCCUGCGAUGCUACACGUGCAAGGAGCCCACGGAGAUCUCCAGGUGCAGGACAGCCGUCGUGUGCCCCCCGAAAGCCACCGUGUGCACCACGACCCUGCACUCCGUGGAGACAGGUUAUCCCUUCUUUGGCAACAUCACUGUGACCAGGGACUGUGAGGAGGAAUGCCUCUCCUACGACGGGAUAGGGGCAUCCAGGCCCAAAUCCUGCUGCUACACCGACCUGUGCAUGGAUGACACCAAGGGCAGCAACGGGGUGAGGAGCAGCUCUGCAGGGCUGGCUCUGGUGGCCCUGGUGGCUGGCACGCUCCUCCAGUGCUCCCUGUGAGGCCACAAGUGUCCCAGCUCCAGCUGAAAGCCCACCACUGUCCCUGCCAAGCUGCCUCAGGAGCUCUUAGAUGCUUUGGGAAUGUCCUUCUUGGCUGAGGUGUGGCUUCCCCCAGUCUCCAACGCUGGGUCCAAGCCAAGAGUUUGGGCACCUGGACUUCAACCCCUCAAAUCUCUCCAGUUUCCAGAUGUUUCAGCAGAUGUUCCUCACCUUCAGCUGCUUCUGGUCCUCAGGACCCACAGAGAAUGGGUUGGGACCUUCAGGAUCAUCCAGUCCCAGCUCUUUGCCAUGGGCAGGGAUGCUUUCCACUCUGCCAGGGUGCUCCAAGCUGGCCUGGGACAGUUCCAGGGAUGGGACAGCCACAGCUUCAGCUUCCCUGUGCCGUGGCCUGAGUGAGAGGAGCAGAUGGCUCUGGGCCCAGUUCCCUCCUGCCCAGCAGGGUCUGCUGGGGCUUCGUUCCAAGGACAAGCCAAGGAAUGAGCUCAGAAGUGCUCAACUGCCGUGUGGGGACGGGAUGGAUUUCUGGGAAGGUCAGAACACCCCCUGGAAUGACUGAUUAGGGUAGGUCAGACCCGCACCCCCAAAUUUCCAGAUUUCCAGACACACCCUCCCCUCAGCCUGAGCUCAGGUUGCAGUUGGAGCUCCCAGAUUUCCCUUUCCAGAUGUUUUAAAGACCAUUCCAAGCAAAUUCUUCUCUUAUUCUGCCCUCCCUUCAUCCCUUCAGAGCAGAAACUGCAGGAUAGGGAUAAAAAUGGUUAUCCCAGACCCUCAGCUCUGGGAAAAAUCAGUUAAAAGUUCUGGGAUCCCAGCUGGCACUUGCUUGGAGCAGCUGUGGGAUGGAUUCUGCUGCAAAAGCAGCUGGAGUGGGAGCAGAUAUGAAUGAGCCAGGUGUGCCCAGCUCACAGAGAGCCAGGAAAUUUGCCAUUCCCUCUGUUCCUGCUGCCAGGGAUCAUCCAGAUGAUGGGGGAAGCAAGGAGUGGAGCAUGGAUGCACCCCAUGCACCGUCCUUGUGUGUUCACAGCACCCCUGCAACCUCCCCUCUGGCAAUGUAAAUUUUUCCCCCUUUUUUCCCCUUUUCCCACUCUCUUUCCACAAGAAACCAAAGUAGGGGGCUCUUUUUCCUCCUUGCACAGAGGGAAUAGUUUCUCAAGGUCUGUCUCAGUAGCAUUUAGAAGAAAACUGUGACAAUUCUGCAUUCCUGGGCAGAAGUCCCCGUGAGCUCAGGAGGAUGUCCUGGGAGGUGAAACCCUCAGAGCUCCACUAAAACACUGGCAACUUCCCUGAAAAACCCCUGGCAGUGCUGAGAUCCACAGGGAGCAAACACCAUGGAGAGGAUAAUAAUUGGAAUUUAUUCAAACCCCGACAUUCCACCCACCCUCACAGACACUGAGCACCAUCCCCUGCUGCCCACUCGUCUGUUCUGCUUUUCCCUGCUUCCAAACCAGCUGGAUAUGUCAGGCCAGAAGCAAAGCUCCAUCCCUGCCAUCCUCAGAUCACAUUCCUUUUUUUUUUUUUUUUUUUUUU